CGCGUUAGAAGAAAAACACGUCAUCCUGACAACGUAGCAAAUGUUUCUGUUCUGAAGGCUUGUCAGAUGUCAGACUGAUUGCUCAUCGAUAUCUUUUUUAUUUGUGUUUAACCAGAACUCAGAGAUAGAGAAAAUUGUUAAGGUUAUAACCUGCUCCAAUGACCAGCAUUUAGUCUUUAGUGGAGACGUGUACAGGAACUGCGUGAUGAGCUGCUCAUAGACGAGCAUUACAAUACGACAGGACAUCGUUUACUCAUCUGUUUAUUUCUGCUGAGGACCGCAUAAGACGACGGUAUUUCUACAUCAGUUUGUGACGUUGAAGGGGUAAAAUGAUGUCCAACUGGACUGGCUGCCUAUCUAUCGCAUCGCUGGCAAUGGUUUUGAUGCUGGCUUUGAACGCUCAAGCAAGGCCUGCGAACAUGUCAGCAUUAAAAGACAAACAUCCCAGCAGCAAGGAAGACAAUGAGAUCCUUCCACCUGACCAUCUGAAUGGUGUGAAGAUGGAGAUGGACGGUCAUCUCAAUAAAGACUUUCAUCAGGAAGUGUUUCUGGGGAAGGAAAUGGAGGAGUUUGAGGAAGACUCAGAACCGAGAAGGAACCGGAAGAAACUUAUUGAAAUCUUCACCAAGGUGGAUAUCAAUAAAGACAGGAGUGUUAGUGCUAAAGAAAUGCAGCGCUGGAUUAUGGAGAAGACAGAGGAACAUUUUCAGGAGGCUGUUAGAGAGAACAAGCUCAGCUUCCGUGCUGUGGAUCCUGAUGGAGACGGAUUAGUAACUUGGGACGAAUACCGUGUAAAGUUUUUGGCCAGCAAGGGAUUCAAUGAGAAAGAAGUAGCUAUGAAGAUCAAGAACAACGAAGAACUAAAAGUGGAUGAAGAAACCCAGGAGGUUCUGGAGAGCUUGAAGGAUCGCUGGUUUCAAGCAGAUAACCCUCCAGCUGAUCAGCUGUUGAAUGAAGAGGAGUUCCUCUCUUUCUUGCACCCAGAGCACAGCAGGGGCAUGCUCAAAUAUAUGGUCAAGGAGAUUGUCCGUGAUCUUGAUCAAGAUGGAGAUGGAAAGUUGACUCUUGCUGAAUUUAUCUCCCUCCCCAUGGGGACUGUGGAGAAUCAGCAGGCUCAGGACAUCGAUGAUGAGUGGGUUCGUGAACGGAGGAAGGAGUUUGAAAAAGUCAUUGAUGCUAACCACGAUAUGAUUGUAACCAUGGAAGAGCUGGAGGAAUACAUGGACCCCAUGAAUGAGUACAAUGCCCUGAAUGAGGCCAAGCAAAUGAUUGCUGUGGCAGAUGAGAACCAAAACCAUAAUCUGGAAUUAGAGGAGAUCCUUAAAUACAGCGAGUACUUCACUGGCAGCAAACUUAUGGACUAUGCUCGCAACGUACAUGAGGAGUUUUAGGACAUUAUCUUCGGUUUAAAAAUGAAAAACUAAAGGCUAUGCUGAGGCUUUUGUCAAAGUGUCUAAAGAAUGAAGUUAGUCAUUGCUUGCCUCGCAGAUUGAAAUUAAGUAAAUUUGGUCGUGUUUGUAAUUUUACAAACCUGAGCACCAGAAACCACUUUCUUAUAUUGCAAUGCUGAACUGUGACAAAUUAUUAGAUUUUGUCUUUGUAAUGUCAUAGCUGCUCUUAUGUAAUUUACAAAUUCUAUACAAGCUUGCCUCAUAAUUAUUUUUAGGUGCUAUCAUGUUUAUGAAUUAUUUUUGGAGUGUUAAUAAUUGAAAGAAAUGUAUGUAUAUGUGAUGAGGGGAAGGUUUUCCACAUGUAAAUAAUA